AACUGGGAAGCGUUCGCAAACGACUUUGAUGGAGACUGAUAUUUGUACUCCAUCAAACAGAAAAGAUGAUACGCCUUCACUUUCAAUAAAAAGUUCAAGACAUCGCUCACGCCGAGAAUCACCACGCAAAUCCAACACAACAAAUUCAAGAAGCAAAACAAUGGAGAAGUAUAGAGUUAUCAGAGAGUUAAAAGAAGUGAACAUGAUGCCCGCCUCACCUGCUUUUGAACCUAUCGAAAUGACGACUAAAAACAUUGGUGAAGCACUUCUGAAACACAAAGACUCGGAUGAAAAAUUAUCAGUGACAAAGAUUAUCAAGCGAAAUUCUUCCAAGAAGCUACUUCAAUCAGUUAAGGCAAAAUUAAAUGUUUUCUUUAUUGAGGUCUCUGAUUCAACUCAAUCAUUCCUAGAAGGGUGUUCGACUGAUCAAAUCAUAGAUCGCAGUCAUCGUCGCCAUACUGCACCCGUAAAAGCCAGUACACUUUUGAGGCGUAAUCAGCCAAACAGCGUGGCUACGGGUUUGAAAACUCCACAAUCGCGCGCGCGAGAAAGGCAUUCAACAACGUUAAAUUUAAUAUUGAAUGGAAUGGAUAGGGAUUCGGGGCUAAUUUUGGAAAAAAAGAAACGUCGCAGUGAAAGUAUGAGCGGUGAUUCAAGUGACAAAGUUUCUGUUAGCGAUGACGAAAAUAAGACCACACGAGGAAUUCAGACUUUCAGUGCAGAAGCACUUUUGGAACAGAAAUGUAUAGAGUCGCGACAGCGACGAGCCAAGCGGCAGAAACGACGGGAGGAAGCGAUUGGCUCUACACAGACAAUACCAAUGCAAUGUACUGUUGAAUCGACUCCAAUAACUUCACUUCUGGAUGAUGUAACAAAUGAAAUAAAUCGCUUAGAAAGAGAUCGUGAAGUAGCAAGCAAGUUGAUUAAGGAUGAGAGAAAUACCCUGUUUUCAGAUACCAACGAGAAGGAUCACGAUUUGGAUUCGGUCUCUAUUAAAGAAGACAUAUCUCCAUCACCCCUUCCAUCAGUUUCUCCACCGAAGAAUACGUCAUUUAUAUCUGCAAUUCCUUCCGCAAUAAGAGAAAGUCGUACAGAAUUGUCAUCCUCAUUAGAUGUUCCGACACAUUCACUUUAUUCAUCAUCAGUCAACACCAAUGUCGAAUCAACUACUUUAUUUCUUAAUGCACCGUCUUCUACCAUCACAGCAACUUGCAAGAAAACGUUACAUGUAGAGCCGCUGAAGCGUGUAUCAGAACAGCGAAAUUUCGAAUUAACUCACAGUGGUGAGGAUGCUGCUGGAAAUAGCGCGGAAGGCAAUAAUCGACGAAAUGAUUUUGGAGAGGAUUUCUCAAAGUCUGAUGCCAUCAAAACACAACUUUUGAACGCAAGGAGUGAAGACGAUAUAAAAGCAGGUCCUGCUUAUAUGCCCUCGGGAUUGCGGCCGAGUGUUUUAUCUAUAAAAUCUAAUAAUCGUGGUAUGGUGAAACAACGCGUUAAUCAUUUCGCACGUUUGGGAAUACAAAAAACCAUUAAAGAGCAGGCGCGUUUUAUUUAUUUUACAAAAUUCAUUAGUAUACUUAUUUCAGGAACUCAGUGGCAAGAUAGUAAAUAUGCAUCUUCAUCACUUCAGAAAUUUUCUGCUCCUCCCGCUUCACAUAGUUUGCAAGCGAUUGCUGGAAAUGUAUCUCCACCUUCGCGAGAGAUUGUUAUGAUGCGAACUAAAAAAUUUGAAGCAUUAGCGACGUCGGCUGGUAUGGAAGCAUGCAAGAAUUUUCGUUCCGCAACACGCAACAGACUUGCAAAAAUUCAAAAGCAAAACAAUCCGAAGACACCUCGCCGUUUGAGCGGAGAAAUACGAGCUGUACGACGUUCGCAAGCUAGACUUGAUAAAUCUCUUGAGAAACUUGCAGUCAGUCUUAGUAAUCGUCGCUUACUGGGAAGAUCUCUAAGUCAGACUGGCUACAAUAGGCUUUGCUCAUUAGACACAAGCAAUAGAUCAGAAGAACGGCGACAAAGUGUUGGACGACCGCUGGUUCAAACAUCAUGUCAUGGUGAUUUGAACUCAUCCACAGUGUUACAUUCUGCGAGUUUGAAAAUGAUACCGGAAACAGAACAUGAUAUUUGA